UGUCGUCGUGGAUUCUAGCUAAGGAUGUUCUCCAAUUGUGUAUAGAGUUCAAUAGUAUACUUCUUCAUCAAUAGAAGGUUUUAAUAAUGGAUGCUGGAGGACAAAGGCGCGCAUGGGAGUACUGGUGGAUGGCUUUUUAUUUCUCUCUCCUGAUGUGCCUCGGACUUCAGGUUUCUGCUCAGAUAAAAUACACGAUUCCAGAGGAGAUCAAAAAGGGAUCUAUUGUGGGAAAUAUUGCUAAGGAUUUGAGUCUUGAUGUCAGUACAUUGAUCGACAGACGUUUCCGGAUAGUUUCAGGAUCAAAUGACGCUCUUUUUAAGGUAAAUCAGAACAAUGGCGUGCUUUAUGUGGAUAGCCAUAUCGACAGAGAGGAGCUGUGUGACGGACAUGUCGCUUGUGUGAUAAGUUUAAAAACUGUUGUUGAAAAUCCACUUGAAGUACAUUAUGUCGAAGUUGAUGUAAUCGACGUAAAUGACCAUGCACCUUCUUUUUCUGAUAAAGAAUUAGUGUUAGAAAUAGCAGAAUCGACCCCACCUGGUGAGGACUUUCAGUUGCAGGAGGCGCAAGACCCUGAUUAUGGGAUAAAUUCAGUUCGAUUAUAUAAACUGAACAAUACCGAGUAUUUUGAACUUGAGCUUCGCGAAAAUGGGGAUGAGAAAAAAGUCCCAAUCUUAAAAUUACGAAAAUUACUUGAUAGAGAGCGUCAGGUCAAUCACAAUCUCCUAGUGAUGGCUAUAGACGGUGGAAAUCCACCGCGAACAGGGAGCAUCAUCAUUAAUGUCACAGUGCUUGAUGACAAUGACAACAGGCCAAAAUUCAGUCAAGAGCUUUAUUCUGUAUCUUUGGAAGAAAACGCACCAUUCGGUACUCUUGUCAUUGAAUUAAAUGCCACUGAUUUGGAUGAAGGUCAGAAUGGCGAAGUAGUUUAUUCAUUUGUAAAAAAUAACGAAAAAAUGGUUUUUGAAACAUUUGAAUUGGACAGCACUGGAGUAAUCAGGGUAAAAGGCAACGUGGAUUUUGAGAAAAGUGAUUUUUAUAGAUUCGGUAUUAUGGCAUCAGAUAAAGGCCAGCCACCAAAGGCAAGCAUAUGUAGAGUUGUCAUCAAAAUAAUUGAUAAAAAUGAUAAUAGUCCUGAGAUAGAUGUUACCUCUUUGUCUGACAUAGUUCCUGAAGAUUCUAAGCCAGGUACGGUCAUUUCGCUUGUUAGCAUUACGGAUAAAGACUCUGACAUUAAUGGCAAAGUUGUUUGUAGGCUGUCUGAUAAUGUGCCUUUUGAAUUAAAGCCGUCCUUCAAGGAAACUAUGUACUCUCUAGUGACGAAAGAAAAGUUAGACAGAGAACUCGUGUCUCAAUAUGAUGUCACGAUAACAGCCACAGAUCUCGGCCAGCCUCCUUUGUCCUCAAUAAAAACACUGAAGGUUCAUAUAUCAGAUGUCAACGAUAACGUGCCAGAAUUUACUCAAAAUCCGUUAGAACUAUAUAUAAUUGAAAAUAACCCCCCAGGUGCAUCUGUAUUAUCUGUAACCGCAUUUGACAAAGACUUAAACGAAAAUGCUGCAUUAAUUUAUCAGAUUAUUAGAGAAGAAGGCGCCAAAAGUCACAUGGCUUCUUUCCUAAAUGUCAAUUCAGACAAUGGACAAGUAUACGCUCUUAAAAGUUUUGACUUUGAAACUUUAAAAAACUUCCAAUUUCAUGUGCUUGCUACAGACUCUGGAUAUCCGUCUCUGAGCAGUAACGUGACAGUGAACGUGUUUAUUUUAGAUCAGAACGACAAUUUUCCAGUGAUCUUAUAUCCAGUCAGUGCUAACGGUUCUGCUGAGGGUGUGGAAGAGAUUCCUCGCAAUGUGAACGCAGGUCAUUUGGUGACUAAAGUCAGAGCCUACGACGCAGAUAUUGGAUACAACGGCUGGUUAUUAUUUUCCCUGCAGGAAGUUGGUGAUCACAGUCUCUUUAGUUUGGAUCGAUAUACAGGACAGAUAAGAACCCUUCGCUCAUUCACCGAAAUAGACGAGGCCCAUCAUAAACUGGUCAUAGUGGUGAAAGACAAUGGGAACGUUUCUCUCUCAGCCACAGCAACUGUGAUUGUCAAAGUUGUGGAGCCCAAAGAGUCUUUCGCAGCUUCUGAGGAUGAAAACGCAGUAAAAGACGAGGAGGAAAACAACGUGACAUUUUAUUUGAUCAUCACAUUAGGCUCUGUGUCAGUGCUUUUUAUCACCAGUAUCAUCGUGUUGAUUGUUAUGCAGUGCCCUAAAUCUACAGACUAUUCUUCCAAGUAUUUACAAGACACAAAUUACGACGGGACUCUGUGUCACAGCAUUCAGUACAGAUCUGGAGACAAACGGUACAUGCUAGUUGGACCCAGAAUGAGUAUCGGCUCGACUCUUGCACCUGGUAGUAAUAGGAAUACUCUAGUGAUACCAGAUCGCAGGAGAAGAGAUUCUGGAGAGGUAAGAUUGACCUUAAUUAUCAUUUUGUUUUGUUUUUGA